ACAAGUCGCUCCGGUCGCGGAGGAGGUCGGCUCGGCACUCGGAUGCGGAAGGGGAACGAGUGGGAAACAUGGAAGUAAUGCGUCUAACACGUGCGUUUCGUCUGGGACAUUUGUUUACAAAACAGGUUCCCGCGGUACACAUCUCGGCAAGAUGGUUGAACCUCCAUGAGUACCAGAGCAAGCAGUUGAUGGCAGACAAUGGUGUCACAGUACAGAAAUUCAAGGUUGCAGAGAAUUUGUCACAAGCCCAAGAAAUUUCCAAGUCCCUAAAUGUCGAGGAGUUUGUUAUCAAAGCGCAGAUCUUGGCUGGGGGCCGAGGCAAAGGAACUUUCAGCAGUGGCUUGAGAGGUGGAGUAAAGCUUACGAAAGAUCCAGACCAGGUGGCAAAAUAUGUGGAACAGAUGCUUGGUCACAAUCUGGUCACAAAGCAAACAUCAAAGGAUGGGGUAAAGGUAAACAAGGUCAUGAUUGCAGAAGCAAUGGAUAUUGCUCGAGAGACCUAUUUGGCCAUCCUCAUGGACAGGGCGCACAACGGCCCAGUAAUUGUAGCCAGUCCAGCAGGGGGCGUUGACAUUGAGGACGUUGCAGAGAAGACGCCCGAGCUUAUCUUUAAGGAGCCAGUUGACAUCAAGAAGGGAAUUACAGAUGAGCAGGCGAGAAGUAUUGCAAAGAAUCUUGGCUUUAAAGAUGCUCUCCUAGACCAGGCAGCAGAGCAGAUCAAGCAGCUGUACAAUUUGUUCAUCAAAGUAGAUGCCACACAAGUUGAGGUGAAUCCAUUUGGGGAGACACCAGAUGGUCGAGUGGUGUGCUUCGACGCCAAGAUCAACUUCGACGACAACGCCGCGUUCAGGCAGGAGCAGAUCUUUGAGCAGGAAGACGUUGCAGAGAGUGACCCCAGGGAGGUGUUGGCUGCAAAGCACCACCUCAAUUACAUCGGCAUGGACGGCAACAUAGCUUGCCUUGUAAAUGGUGCUGGCCUUGCAAUGGCUACUAUGGACAUAAUUCAGUUGCACGGUGGGAGCCCCGCUAACUUCCUGGAUGUUGGAGGAAACGUUAAAGAAGACCAAGUUACUCAGGCGUUCAAGAUUCUCACAGAGGACCCAAGGGUAAAGGCUGUUUUGGUGAAUAUCUUUGGUGGCAUUGUCAAUUGUGCCACCAUUGCCAAUGGGAUCACCAAUGCCUGUAGGACAAUCAAUCUCAAAGUGCCAUUAGUUGUACGUCUUGAAGGGACUAAUGUUGAAGAAGCCAAGUUCAUUCUGAAAAACAGUGGUCUUCCCAUCACGUCUGCUCUAGACCUGGACGAUGCAGCUAGGAAAGCUGUGGCCAGCCUCAAAGGCUAAACUUGACUAGAUAGAAUAACAGAAUUAGCUGAUGGCCUCGAAAGCAAGGUGCAAAGAUGCAAGAGCAUGGCAGAGGAAGAGGGAUGGCAUAAUUAGUGUACAGGAACUGAAUCAUUUUGUAUGCUGGACGGAAUUUUAGUAAACAUGUUUAUAGUUUUUCACAA